UAAACUUUUUCUCUCUCUCUUCCCUUCUCUGUAAUAAAAAAAUGGUGGGCGUAGUGUACACAUCAGAGUAUGGUUGCUGAAAACGACGGCAUCAAUUCUCUCAUUCAUUCAUUCGUUCAUUCAUUAAUCAAUCCCCAACAAUUUCUGUGCUGCAUGAGGAGGAGCAGCAGGAGGAAGACGAUGCCGGCGGUGAGUUGUGCUGAUGGUGGUGUUGACUGGAGAGCGCUUCAAAAAUGGAUGUUUUUUCAGCUUAAUCUGUGAAAGAAAUUGCAGAUUUGAAAAGAAGAAAUGGAGUCAAUGAAAGUCUGUGCGAAUGUUUUGUGUACGAGUAGCCGCAAUAGAAAUGAUACAUCUACAUCUACGAUCGAGUGGAGAAAAGGAUGGGAUUUGCGAUCUGGUGGCUCCGCCGUUCUCUGCCAUAAUUGCGGGUUUGCGUAUGAACAAUCAGUUUACUGUGAGGCAUUCCACACUAAAGAAUCUGGUUGGAGGGAGUGCAUUUCAUGUGGUAAGCGUCUUCAUUGUGGAUGUAUUGUGUCGAAAUCUUUGUUUGAAUUGCUUGAUGAUGGGGGUGUAGAGUGUAUUAGCUGCACAAAGAAUUUGAAAUAUUCUUCUAUGCAAAGUCAUGAAAAUCAGAAUGGGUUUGCUACGGCACUGGCACUGAUAAACAAUGCUGGAGAAAUCAGAUCUGCCUCCAUUGAAGAUAGAGUGGACGGUCCUAGCAUUAAUAUGGGAAAACUACUGCAAAUGGGAAAGAGUAUUGAGGUUGAUGGCCAAAUCAGCCUGCUUGAAUCAUUGAGGAAUGCCUCAAAUGGGCAAAUUAAAAGAGGGCAAGUCCCUUUAGGGGAAGGCUGGUCCACAGUAUUUUCAAACUUAAAUCAAGUGCCCGUUGGUUCAUGUGAAAUUAUCAAACAAGUCAACGGUAAAGAAAUGUUGGGUGUCAAGAACCUAGACGAGUCAUUAUCUCAGACUUGCUUGAGUAUUAAUGUCGGUGCUUCUUUAGGAAACACAAAUCUAGCACUUACCCUUUCUGGUUCGGCUGUCGAAGGAAGGGAUCUUAGCACAUUCCCAUCUUCUUAUCCGCAUGGACAAAGAUCCCGUAAUCUCCUUCCCAGGCCCCCGAGGGUGGGACUAGCCAUAGGUUCAGAGGGUACAAAGGAUGGGGUUCCACAAGUACGUGUUGCAAGACCACCUGUUGAAGGACGGGGAAGAAACCAAUUGCUUCCACGUUAUUGGCCAAGAAUUACUGAAGAAGAACUGCAGCAGAUAUCUGGAGAUUCGAAUUCCACAAUUGUGCCUUUGUUUGAGAAAAUUCUAAGUGCUAGUGAUGCGGGUCGAAUUGGUCGCUUAGUUCUCCCAAAAGCAUGUGCAGAGGCGUAUUUUCCUCCUAUUUCUCAACCAGAAGGAGUUCCUAUAAGGAUUCAAGAUGCAAAGGGAAAAGAUUGGCUGUUUCAGUUCAGAUUCUGGCCUAACAAUAACAGCAGGAUGUACGUCUUAGAGGGGGUGACACCUUGCAUACAGUCCAUGCAAUUACAAGCCGGUGAUACUGUAACAUUUAGCCGCAUAGAUCCUGAAGGAAAACUUGUUAUGGGGUUCCGUAAGGCAUCAAACUCUGUGAAUCUGCAGGAUAGUCAAAUUUCUGCAAUUGCUAAUGGUGCCCUUGGCAAUGCCUCUUUCUUUCCGGAUGUUAUCGAGAACCUACCAAUAGCAAGUGGUUACGCUGGCCUCCUCCAGUCACUGAAAGGGAGCACAGAUCCCCACUUAAAUGCUAUGUCCGAACAUAUUCGUAUAGGUGGUGAUUUUAGCUGGCAUGAAACUGAGAAGCAGGGGAAAAGAUCAAAUGAGGGAAUGCAGCUUCAGCAUCUGCUGCUUCCAGAGAAAAAAAGGAGUCGUAAUAUUGGGUCUAAGAGCAAGAGGCUGCUUAUAGAUAGUGAAUCUGCACUGGAACUAAAGCUUACAUGGGAAGAUGCACAGGAUUUGCUCCGUCCACCCCCAAGCAUUAAGCCUAGUAUUGUCAUUAUCGAGGAUCACGAGUUUGAAGAGUAUGAAGAGCCCCCAGUUUUUGGAAAGAGGACUAUUUUCACAUCUGGGCCAGCUGGGGUACAGGCUCAAUGGGCUCAGUGUGACAAUUGCAGUAAAUGGCGAAGGUUGCCUAUAGAUGUUCUUGUCCCUCCGAAGUGGACAUGUGUAGAUAAUGUUUGGGAUAGUAAAAGGUGUACAUGUUCUGGACCUGAUGAGUUAACUCCCAAGUUAUUGGAACAUCUUCUCAGACUUGACAUGGAAUUUAAGAUGCAGAGUAUGUCAACAAGUGAUAAGGAGCGACAAGAACACGAGUCUUCUGGCUUAGACACCUUAGCUACUGCCGCGUUUCUUGGAAAUAAGAAUGGUGAUGAUAGUGCAGUUGCACCAUCUGUCGCGACCACCACUAGACACCCAAGGCAUCGUCCUGGUUGCACAUGCAUUGUUUGCAUCCAGCCACCAAGCGGGAAGGGGCCCAAGCACAAACCUACGUGCACAUGCAACGUUUGUAUGACCGUGAAGCGCCGGUUUAAAACUCUCAUGUUGCGGAAAAAGAAACGGCAGUCAGAGAAGGAAGCCGAAAUUGCACAGAGGAAUAAGUGCAAUGUGGAAAGUUCUAGGGAUGAAAUAGAAGUGGAAAGUGCAUCGAGAGGCAUUGUUUUUCCUGUUGAUGUUUCAGAGAAUCGUGAAGCCUGCCAAGCAAUUGAAUCGGAGUCAGCAAACGAGAGUAGAACCCACAUUGAGAAAGACUUGACUGUGAGUGUAAAGAGUGGUCACCUUGACUUGAACUCUGAUCCUGAUCACCGCUCAGAAGAGUUGCAAGCUGUAGCUGCUGCAGCAGCAGGCAUGUCUGAACGUGUGAGUAUGGUCAGUCUGCUCCAGGAGGCAAGUCUUCCACUGGAGACCUAUCUGAAGCAAAAUGAGCUUAGGAGCUUGGUGCAUGAGCAGCAGCAGCUUCAAAUCAGCAGCCCAAACUCUAAUGAUGUAUUGCCACAGGCAGCUAAUGACGGUGAGAGUGAUGAACAACCGGCACAUGAUGAUCAGGACGCCUGCAUUGCUUCUGAGGUUCCUGAGCGAGAGAAAGGCGCUGAUAAAGGGGAUGACAUGCUUGAUCCAGCAAAAAAUGAUUCAUCGUGAGUCUUGGAAGUUUCUUUUUUUAGCCUGUAAAUAUAUUCAAUUAAUCUGGGUGUCGCCUCGUAUACACAAUUUUUUCGUUGGAGUCGUCCUCAUCCACUAAGCCAGGAUCUGACUAACGUAACCCAUAAUUCAGCCUCCUUAUUAGCUAUUGUGAGAAAAGUUAAUCAGCUCCUGUCUUGGGAAGAUCUCUAUCUACACCCACCCUUUUUUUCUCUUCUUUAUUGUUCGGGAAGUGUUGUUUUAUAUGAGUUACAGUAGGAGUUAAGGGGUCUGUUUUUCCUUUUGAUUAGUGUUUUUGUUUGUAAAGUAUGUAUAUUUGGCAUGGUGAGUUUAGUCUGAACUCAUCAUUUACAAAACCAGUGUGGAAGAGGAGAUUUAAUAAUAAAUCUAUAAGGCUGUAACCAUGUAUCUGGCAA